UUGCGCCUCUUAACCUGCAUACCUCCUCCUCAUUCUGUGUCUCUCGUUUGUCCUCUGCUCUCCAGGGAACAGCCGAUCUACACCACCAGGGCCCAUGUCUUCCAGAUCGACCCAACUACCAAGAAGAACUGGGUUCCUGCCAGCAAGCAGGCCGUCACUGUCUCCUAUUUUUAUGACAGCACACGCAACAGCUAUCGCAUUAUCAGCGUGGAUGGAUCCAAGGUGAUCAUCAACAGCACCAUCACACCCAACAUGACGUUCACCAAGACAUCGCAGAAGUUUGGUCAGUGGGCAGACAGCAGGGCCAACACUGUGUUUGGACUGGGCUUCGCUUCAGAGCAGCAACUGUCUAAGUUUGCUGAGAAGUUCCAGGAGGUGAAGGAAGCUGCCAAGCUAGCGAGGGACAAGUCUCAGGAGAAGGUGGAGACACUGAGUAAUCACUCCCAGGAGUCUGGACGUGACACGCCCUCCACCAAUCAGGCAUCCAGCAUUAAUGGCACAGACGAUGAGAAAAUCUCGCAUGUCGGUCCAGAGGAUGUUCAGCUGCAGACUGAGAAUGAACAGCUCAAAAGUGCAGUAGAACUGAGCAACACCAACGCCAAAAAGUGGGAAACGGAGCUGCAGACUUUAAGAGAAAAUAAUGCCAGACUGGUGGACGCACUCCAGGAGUCUUCAUCUAAUGUAGAGAGCUGGAAGAAACAACUCGGUGUCUGCAAGGCAGAAAGUGACACACUCAGGGAAAAG